AUGGACUCCUCCUCUAACCUACACAACCAGUUCCACAGCUGCUUCAACGACUGGAUCGACCAGCAAAACCACGACCUGCACGAACUCGUCGCCGCCGAUAUUUCCGACGGGGCGCAGACGAAGCGUCUGGUGGAAAAGGGUGUCCAACACUUCGAGGAGUACUGCGGAAAGCGAGCUGUGAUGGCGCAGCACGACGCGAUCUCGCUGAUGUCACCGGCGUGGUGCACGUCUCUCGAGAAUGCGGCGCUGUGGGUGGGCGGGUGCAGGCCUUCACUCUCGAUUAGGCUCGUUUACUCCGUCUGCGGCUCGGAAUUGGACGAGCAGCUCGAGGAGUUUCUAAGGGGAGUGAGGAAGGGCAACUUGGCCGAGAUAUCCGGUCAACAGCUGCAUAUGAUCAACGCUUUGCAUUGCAGGAUUGUCAAGGAGGAGGAUAAAAUCUCCGCCCGUAUCGCCACUUUGCAGUUUGAUUGGUUUAUUAGAGAAUUGAUUAUAUUUACUUUAUUUGUCAAUUCCUUUAUGAAAUCGCAUUUCGCCAUGCCGCAUACUAGCUUUUUACUCACGCGUGUGAUGCGCGCGCGCAUGCAGGAGGAAAUAGCAGAUAAGCCGCUUGCGGUGAUAGCCAAAGGCGCGGAGCGAGUGGGUGAGUGGAGUCGCGAUGUGGAGCGCGCAGCAAACGCUCACUCGCUCUCGUUGGCCGGCAUUCUUGUUGAAGCCGACCGGCUCAGGCUCAGCACGUUCAAGGAGCUGAUGGCUAUACUCACUCCAUCACAAGCACUCGAUCUUCUCAUCGCCACCAAGAAACUUCAUAUUUCUAUGCACGAGUGGGGCAAGACUAGGGAUCGCCACUUCGGAAAAACAACCACCUCUCCUCCAUGA